UUCCACAUUUCAAAAAGAGCGAGGUUAAUUAUUUCAAAAAGAUAAAAUUAAUAUUUUAUGGAAAAAUGGAAAUAGGAGAUAACAUUAAUAAAGUUUCUUGUAGAAAACGCAUAAACACAGAUGUUGAAAAGCUUAGAGAUAAAGUAUCGCGGGAAACUGCAAAAAUAAUAAAAUUGAAGGUCGCCCAAGAUACAGCUUACUGGGAUUUGAAGGAGAAACUACAACAAGUAGAAGGUAAUCAUGAACGCCUGCAACAGAACAUGGUGGAAGUUCAGAUGCAGCACGAGACCAUCUCCGGACAGUACCAGGAAGAACUCCGCUUGCGCCCGGAUACGCUCAACAAGGUUAGCAGCUGCCGCGAGAUCAGCGAGGUGCUGCAGGAGUACAGCGAGCGGCUGAAGGCGACGCUGUCGCGGUGCAAGGCGGACCAGGCGGCGCUGUGCGAGGCCUACCGCCGCUCCGGGCAGAUCGUCCGCGACAUGAAGGCCCAGCACCACCAGGCCGAGCUCACCAGCACCGGCGUGGCUGUGACGCUCGAAGAAAAAGUGAAAACAAUGACCGAGCACCAGAAUCAACUUGUUCAAUUCUUCGCGGCGUUCAAACAACAAUCAGAAUCUGAAAUUAACGAAUUGAAAAGUACAGUAAAAGCUUUACGAGCUCAAGAACAGGAAAUGGUCAAAGCUAAUAAUGAGCUGAACAAGAAUUUGCACCAAUUUAAGCUCGAUAUAGAAAAGAGGAACGACACCAUAAACAGUCUGCAGAACGACUUAAAACAAAUGGUCUCGGAAUAUAACACGCAAAGGAGCGAAGCUCGAAAUAUUAUCCAACAAAAAGAAAAAGAGUUAAAGGAACAGCUUAAUAAAGAAAAAGAAUUGAAACAAGCUUUACAGAAUCAAGAGAAGUAUACUCAGAGUGUUUGCGAUCAGAACAAUGAACUGAUAGAUAAGGUGGUCGCUAUGGAGGAGGAGCACGAAAAAGCCGCGGCACUCAUCAGAGAAAUGAAGGCUAAAGUGGAAGAUGCUUCAAAAAUAUACGACGAACUUAAAAAGGAAGUUGCAGCGUUACUUGAAGAAAAGGAACGUUUUGUUACGCAGAUUGAUAAUAAAGAUAAGAAUAUCAACAAAUAUGCCGAGGAAAUUAAUACCCUAAAAGCACAAGCUGGCGAAAAGGACAAUCAAAUUUGUAAUUUGACUACAGAGUUAGAACAGUGUCGGCAAGAAAUGAUGACUAAAAUAGCGAAUAUCGAGGAACUGAAGAAUGCAGUUAACAAUGAGGUAAACGAUAGCGAAGAACUCAAGCGCAGCUUUGAAAUGUACAAAAAUACAGUACAAGCUGAGAUGCAGGAGCUGCAAAGUCGGCUCGAGAACAAAGAUAAAGAACUCGAUUCAAAAAAUCAGAAACUGGAAGAAAUAACAGCCGACGUCGGAACAAAAAAUACGGCCCUCGACGAAAAGGAUGCGGAACUCGAAACUAAGAUUCAGGAACUCAACACAAAGUACAAGGAGCUAGUUUCGACGAAAACCGAGCUCGACAUAAUAAAAAAGCAGUUAGAAGCAAAGGAUCAGGAGCUCGCUUCUAAAGAUAAGGAGCUCGAUUCGAAGGCGAAUACCAUCGCUAAGCUGAUGAUGGAGUUGAAGACCGGAACAGAUGUACGGUCCAAGCUGGAGAUGGACCUGGAUAGGCUGAGGCAGGAAACGAACCAGGAGCGCGAACUGGAGCGCGAGAAACACAACAAGAUGACCAAAAAAAUAGAACACCUAGAAGCUUCCGUCAAGGACAAAGAAGAAUCUGUGACCAAGCAAAUGUCCAUUAUAAAGGAGAUGAGACAUGAAAAGGAGCGUCUCCAAGAGAAGAUCCAGGGCAUGCAGAACACCAUCGACAACAUCCAGAAGGAGUUGACGGGCCGCCCCGCGCCACCGCGCCCGGCGGACCUCGACGACAACGCCGUCAUGCUCACACCGUCUAAGAAAGCCGUACUGUUGUCGCCGGUGAAGGCUAAGAGACCGGAGUUUGUAGUUCCUCGCGUCGAGCCCAGUCUCGACAGCCUGCUGUUCAACACGUUCAGUGAUAGCAGCUUGGAAGGUGACACUCUUGAUGCUGCGGAAGUGAACCGUCGGUUCCACGGGAUAUCUCGUGGUAUCCCCAUGUCUCCGCGUCCGAUCGCGUCGCUCAAACGUCAUAGAGAUGUAUCCCAGCCUUCCGGCGGACUCAAAUUGAAAGCGCCGGCCUCCAAACAGGGUGCAAUUUCACUGUCGCAAACCCGAGAGGAGAAUAUUAAAAAUAAAGAACGCCGAUUUUUUAAGAAUAGAAAUGACAAGAAAUCUAAAUAAUUAUUUUCGUUGAUAAUGUGUAUUAAGAACAAGAUUUUAGUUUUAGUUUAGUUGCGAGUUGCUGUUCCUCGAUGUUACAGCAGUUCAACGUUACUUAGAAUAAGUGGUUAUAAUAUGUUAAAUUAU